AUGGGGGCUGCCAUAUCCAUGGUCUCGCUCCUUUUCAUGUUCUUCUUGCUCUUGACUAUCCCUGUUCGAGCUCAGAGAACAAGAACGGAGACUUCAACAACAGAUUUUAUUUUCAAAGGAUUUACUGGAAACGAAACAGAGAUUCAGACUGCAGAAACUGCGAGGAUCAAACCCGAUGGGCUAUUGAGGCUUACUGACCGAAAUCCAAACGUUACGGGAACAGCUUUCUACCACAAACCGGUAAGAUUGCUCGACCAAAAUUCCACAGUUGGUUCGUUCAGCACUUCUUUCGUCUUCGUCAUCAUCCCUACGAGCUCCAGCAAUGGAGGUUUCGGCUUCACUUUCACACUAUCUCCAACUCCAAACCGCACGGGCGCGGAAUCGGCGCAGUACUUGGGGCUUCUCAACAAAGACAACGACGGAGAUCCUCGAAACCACGUUUUCGCCGUGGAAUUCGACACGGUACAAGGAUUCAACGACGUUGUUGAUAGAACAGGCAACCACAUCGGUCUGAAUUUCAACGACCUCACAUCGGAAUUUCAGGAGCCCGUCAUAUAUUACGCCAACCAUGAUCGCAAAGAGGACUUUACGCUUCAGAGUGGCGAACCGAUUCAAGCACUUCUGGAUUACGAUGGACCAACACAGACGCUCAAUUUCACCGUUUAUCCGGCGGAAUCCAAGUCUAAACCCGUACGGCCUUUGAUCUUGCGACGACCUGUUCCAAAGCUGUCAGAAAUUGUGCAAGAAGAAAUGUAUGUCGGAUUCACUGCAGCGACGGGGAAAGAUCAAUCCAGUGCUCAUUACGUGAUGGGUUGGAGUUUCUCAAGCGGCGGAGAACAUCCACUUGCACAGCCGCUCAACCUCUCGGAGCUUCCUCGUGCGCCGCCGAAUACGGCGAAGAAGGGGAAAUACAACCCUCAGGUCCUCUCUCUGAUCGUGGCUCUCUCGGGCGUAACGCUGAUCUUGCUUGCGUUACUCUUCUUCUUCGUCGUCUAUAAGAAGCGACUGCAAGAAGGAGAGAUUCUGGAAGACUGGGAAAUCAAUCAUCCCCACAGACUCAGAUACAAGGAUCUCUACGCGGCUACGGAGGGAUUCAAGGAGUAUCGGAUCAUCGGAACCGGUGGAUUCGGAACCGUUUACAGAGGAAGCAUCUCAACAUCCUCUUCUGAUCAAAUCGCAGUGAAGAAAAUCACUCCAAAUAGCAUGCAAGGUGUUCGAGAAUUUGUCGCAGAGAUCGAAAGUUUGGGACGUUUAAGGCAUAAGAAUCUGGUCAACCUCCAAGGAUGGUGCAAACACAAAAACGACCUCUUGUUGAUUUACGAUUAUAUCCCCAACGGAAGCUUGGACUCGCUGCUCUACAGUAAACCCAGACAAAGCGGCGCCGUUUUGUCCUGGAACGCGCGUUUUCAGAUCGCGAAAGGAAUCGCGUCGGGAUUGCUGUAUCUCCACGAGGAAUGGGAAAAGAUUGUGAUUCACAGGGACGUGAAACCGAGCAAUGUUCUAAUUGAAUCCAACAUGAACCCUAGAUUGGGAGAUUUCGGGCUCGCGAGGCUUUACGAACGAGGAUCGCAAUCGCACACCACUGUAGUCGUCGGAACGAUUGGGUAUAUGGCGCCGGAGCUCACUCGUAACGGAAACUCCUCGUCUGCGUCUGAUGUUUACGCGUUUGGCGUUUUGCUGUUAGAGAUCGUCUCCGGGAGAAGACCGACGGAUUCCGGGACCUUCUUCUUGGCCGAUUGGGUUAUGGAACUGUACGCGAGCGGUGAGAUUCUCCCUGCGGUAGAUCCGAGACUCGGAUCAGCUUACGAUGGUGGAGAGGCAAAGCUUGCUCUCUCCGUCGGAUUGCUAUGUUGCCAUCAAAGACCGGCGUCUCGGCCGUCGAUGAGAACGGUGCUUAGGUAUAUGAACGGAGACGAAGAUGUUCCUGAGAUUGACGACCAUUGGGGAUACUCAGAUUCUUCGAGAAGCGAUUUCGGAUCCAAGUUCGAAGGGUACGUCUCGUCGGAUAAGGCUUCGAGCUCAGUCGCAUCUUUCUCCGUCACGAGGAAUUCUUCGAGUUCUGUUAUCAGUGGUAGAUAG